CUCCCCCCUUUCUUCCUUCUCCCUUUUUCUUUUCAUUCCUCUCCAUUCAUCUAUUUCAUUCAUUUCAUCUUUAGCUCAUUCUCUUUUAUUUUCCGCUCUUUUUAUUUUUCUCUUCCAACUCGACUCACAUAACAAAGUAUCAUGGCUGGUGAGAAUCUUCGUUUUGAUGGACGUGUCGUGAUCGUGACCGGUGCUGGUGGUGGACUCGGUCGAUCCCACGCUCUUGCUUUCGGUGCCCGUGGUGCUUCUGUGGUCGUGAACGAUCUCGGAGGCUCUACCACUGGUGAGGGUUCUUCGACCCGUGCCGCUGAUGUGGUCGUGGAGGAGAUCCGAGCUGCAGGAGGCAAGGCCGUGGCUAACUAUGACUCUGUGCUUGAUGGUGAAAAGAUCGUGGAGACUGCAAUGAAGGCCUUUGGCCGUGUUGAUAUCGUCAUCAACAAUGCCGGUAUUCUUAAGGAUGUCUCGUUCGCUCGCAUGACAGAUCAACAGUGGAGUCUCAUCUUUCAGGUCCACGUCGAUGGUGCCUACAAGGUCCUCAAGGCUGCCUGGCCCAUCUUCCGCAAGCAAAAGUUUGGACGUAUCAUCAAUACCACUUCUGCUGCUGGUCUUUACGGGAACUUUGGUCAGGCUAAUUACUCUGCUGCUAAGCUUGCUUUGGUUGGUUUGACCCAGACUUUGGCUCUCGAAGGAAAGAAGGACAACAUUACCUGCAACGUCAUCGCUCCCAUGGCUGCUUCUCGCAUGACCGAGACUAUUCUUCCCCCAGAUAUGCUUGCUUCCUUGAAGCCAGAGAUGGUUACCCCCUUGGUCGAGUACCUCUGUCACGAGGAGACCACCGAAACUGGCUCCAUUUUCGAGAUUGGUGCCGGGUUCGUUGGCAAGCUUCGCUGGGAGCGCACUGGUGGACAUGGCUUCCCCAUCAACAAGGACUUGUUGCCUGAGCACAUCAAGGAGAUGUGGUCCAAGAUCACCGACUUUAAUGAUGGUCGCACCACUCACCCUACGUCAACUUCAGAGUCCAUGGAGAGCAUCAUGGCCAACUUUGAAAAUACUGCUAGCGACUCAGGAGCUGGUAGCGGUAGCACUAAGGUCCUUUCAGACGAUGGCAAGGUCAAUGUUGACGCUGCAAAGGCACUGAAGUUUGAGCCAGAUGUUUUCACGUACACUGAGCGUGAUGUUAUUCUCUAUAACUUGGGCAUUGGUGCCACUCGCAAGGAUCUCCACCUCGUCUAUGAGAACAAUGAGUCCUUCGGCCCUGUCCCUACCUUUGGUGUGAUUCCUUCCUUCACCUCCAUGAACUCUAUUCCUUUUGGUGAACUUCUUCCUUCGUUCAACCCCAUGAUGCUUCUUCACGGUGAGCAGUACCUUGAGAUCAUCAAACCCUUCCCCACGAGCGGCAAGUUGACUUCCACUCCUUAUAUUGUUGAUAUGUUGGACAAGGGCAAGGGAUGUGUCUUGACUAUUGGUGUCAAGACUACCGAUGAGAAUGGCGAGGAUGUUUGCGUCAAUGAGUAUACUAUGUUCAUCCGUGGCUCCGGCGGCUUUGGCGGCAAGAAGGAGGGCACUGACCGUGGAGCUGCUACUGCUGCCAACCAGGUCCCCAACCGUAAGCCCGAUCAUGUCGUCCAGGAGAAGACCCACGAAGAUCAGGCUGCUCUCUACCGUCUUUCCGGUGACUGGAAUCCUCUGCACAUCGACCCUGAUAUGGCCGCUGUCGGUGGCUUUGAAGUCCCAAUUCUUCACGGUCUCUGCUCAUUCGGUAUUGCUGGUAAGCACAUCUUCAAGACCUACUGCAACAACGACCCUGCCUCGUUCAAGAACAUCAAGGUCCGCUUUGCCAAGACUGUCAACCCCGGUGAGACUCUUGAGACCUCCAUGUGGCGUGAGGGUAAUAAGGUCAUCUUCCAGGUCCGCUCUGUGGAGCGCAAUCAGGUCAUCAUCUCGAACGCCGCUGUCGAGCUGCAGGGUGAGGCCUUGAAGGCUGCUACACCCGCCGCUGCUGCCGCUCCUGCUGAUGCCCCUGCUGCUGGUGGCGACUUCAAGUCUGCUGCUGCAUUCGAGCAGAUUAAGGCUGGUAUUGAUGCCAUGUCCUCAGCCGAUCGCCAGGCCCAAGUUAAGAAGGUCAAGGCUAUCUUCCAAUUCGACCUUACGAACGAGGCUGGCCAGACUGCAACCUACCACGUCGAUCUCAAGAAUGGUGAGGGAUCUGUUGGUGCAGGUCCCGCCAAGAGUAAGCCCGAUGUUGUGAUUAGCACAAAGGAUGAUGUCUUUGUUGAUCUCGCCUCCGGAAAGGCCAAUGCCCAGAAGCUGUUCAUGUCUGGACAAAUCAAGGUCAAGGGUCAGGUCAUGCUUGCCACCAAGCUUGGUGAUAUCCUCAAGGCCAACAAGUCUAAGUUGUAA